AUGAAAGAGACAGCACUGAUUUCCCGCCACCCACAAACAUUUGAGAGUUGGCUAGUGAUAACAGGCGGCGGUACAUCGAGUCAAAAUUUUUGGCAUCCAAAAAUACUGCAUUAUGGAGAAGGUUGGCUCAAAAAAAAACGAAAAAGAAACGAAAAAUCGGUAAUUGAAGAAGCAGUCAGUGAAGUUUUUGGAGAAAGGUCAGUCCAUAAAUAGAACUGCACUUGCCUUAAACAUAUCGUGGGUUUACUUAGCUAAAAUCGAUUCAUCAUAUGAACACUGUCCUAAUAUAGGGAACAGGCGUAUUUUCACAACUGAACAGGAGAAUAUGCUUGCAGAUUAUUUAAAGACCACAUCUAAAAUGUGCCAUGGCCUAACAAGACAUCAAGCAAAGAAGCCGUAGCCAAUGAUAUAUGUCCACCCAA